AUGCCUGCUGCUGUGUUGAAACCGAACAAAAAGCGGAAACAGGCCUCCGCCGAUGAGCCUGUUGUACCUGCUGCACCUGAGUUGCUGCCCGAGGGAGGGUUGGAGAUGUUGAGCGAGGACGAAGGAGAGGGCGAGGCAGACGCGGAGGACGAGGAUGAGGACGCGGUGGACGCGUUUCCUGAACUCGAUGCCGCGUCAGACAGCGACGAGGAUGAAGAUGAGGUGGACGAGCCGGACGUGAGCGACGAGGGCGAAAGUUCGGACGCUUCAGACGAUUCGCUGCAUAUUUUCCCGAAAGCGAAGACUGUUAUAUCGGAUAUCACUGGCGAACCAAAGAAAGUCUACCCUGAGAUCGAACCGGACUAUGACUCGGACUCGUCUACCGAAGAUGCACCCAACCGCGUCGGCAAUAUACCAAUGCACUGGUAUGACGACCUCCCUCAUGUCGGCUACGAUAUUAAUGGCAAGAAAGUCCUCAAACCCGCGCGCGGUGACGAGCUUGACAAGUUCCUCCAGACUGUUGACGACCCGUCUGCGUGGACUUCGGCGUUUGACAAGAACACGCAAAUGGACAAACCUCUGACUGCCGAGGAACUGGACAUCAUCCGUCGUCUGGAACGUCAUGAGAACCCAGACGCGGAAUAUAAUCCUUACGAGCCUACCAUCGAGUGGUUUACUGGGAAGGGCAAGGAAGAGGUUAUGCCGCUCUCUGCCGCACCAGAACCUAAACGUCGUUGGAUUCCUAGUAAAUGGGAGAAGCAAAAGGUCAUGAAGAUCGUUCGCGCCAUCCGUCAAGGUCGUAUCGUACCCAACAAACCCAAAUCGACUGAACCACAGUUCUACUCAAUAUGGACUGAUGAAGCUUCCAACACCAUCCCGCCCAUGCCCGCACCUAAACCCCGCCUCCCAACACACGCCGAAUCCUACAAUCCUCCACCCGAAUAUCUCCCCACGGACCAAGAGCGCAAAGAAUGGGAAGAGACAGAGCCGGAGGACCGCGAACGCGACUUCUUGCCGCAAAAGUACUCUGCAUUGCGUCUGGUACCGGCAUACGAUAGGUUCAUCCAGGAGAGAUUCGGGAGGCAGUUGGAUCUGUAUCUGGCGCCGCGUAUCCAGAGGACGAAGCUUACUACCGACCCGUCUUCGCUCAUACCGAAGCUGCCCAGUCCAGCGAGCUUGCGACCUUUCCCUACGCAUCGUGCACUGCGGUUCCUACACACAAGCGCGAACUCCCGGGUGCGAUGUGUCUCCGUAUCACCCGACGGCAACUGGGUAGCCAGCGCAGACGAGUCGGGCGUGAUCAGCCUUUGGGAGACAAUCGUUGGGCGCGAGGUCAAGCGAUGGACUCUGAAGGAGAAAGUUGGCGCGUUGGACUGGUGUCCGCGGUCGGACGUGACGUUCAUCGUCGCGGCCACAGACGAGAAGUUGCACUUCCUGAUGCCGCCCAACCUUCCCGCAUCUGUACGCGCUACGACGCUCGACGUCUUAGCGCCAGCCACGCUCCCUCCUCCCCCAGCCGUUGCGAGCCCUGUAAAGUGGACGAACCCCUCCGACGCGACGGAUACAGACGGCGCAGUGCUGACCGUCCUCCUCCCUGCCGGCACAGGAACGCCCAAGAACCUCUCCUGGCAUCGCAAGGGCGACUACCUCUCGACUGUCUCCGCCUCGGGCGAAGGUCAGGGCGGCGUAUGGAUCCACCAGCUCUCGCGCCGCCACUCCCAAGCGCCCUUCCGCAAAAUUAAAGGCUCGGUCCAAGCUACCGCCUUUCACCCUUCGAAGCCGCACUUCUUUGUCGCGACGCAGCGUUAUGUGCGAGUGUACAACUUGGCCGAGCAGACGCUGCUGAAGACGCUUAUGCCGGGUAUACAAUGGAUCUCAUCCCUGGACGUACACCCGAGUGGAGACCAUCUUAUUGUCGGAGGGUACGAUAGGAAACUAUGCUGGUUUGACCUCUCCCUCUCCGACAAGCCCUACAAAAUCAUGCGAUACCACUCGCGCGCGAUCCGCUCUUUGGCGUUCCACCCGACGUACCCGCUUUUCGCGAGCGCCAGCGACGACGGGAGUGUGCAGAUCUUCCAUGCGAGGGUGUAUGGCGAUCUGAUGGCGGACCCGUUGAUCGUGCCGUUGAAGAUUUUGAGAGGGCAUGAAGUCAGGGAGGGACUGGGUGUACUUGGGUUGAGGUGGGUGCCGAGGCAGCCUUGGUUAGUCAGUGCGGGUGCGGAUGGGAGCGUAGCUGUCUGGGCGCACUAG